AUGUUAUUUUACUUGCCUAAAGAUGAUGAACAAACACCAAAACAAUUUGGACAAAAAAAGCAAAAUCAAAGUGGAUAUUCAGCGAUUAAAAGUGAACGAUCACCAUCGUAUUUAGUCCAUAAACGUAUAGGAUUUAAAAAUCCAGUAGUAUUACCCUGUGAGAAACUGAAAUCAACAAAAACAUUGUUAAUAACGAUUUUAUCCCGUUCGUCGAAUUCUUAUGUACGAGAAGCCAUUCGCAAAACAUGGGGAGCAUUAAGAACAUAUAACCAUAUCGACAUACGACUUGUGUUUUUUGUCGCUGUCGAUGAUACAAUGUUAAGACAAAUCGAAAUUGAACAAUUACUCUAUCAUGAUGUUGUGCAAAUAACAUUGCCGGAAAAUUAUGCAGUUGUUUCCUAUAAAGAGUUAGCCUCACUUUGUUGGUCACAACGUUAUUGUUCAUCAGUAGAGUACAUCUUUAAAGCUGAUGAAGAUAUUCAUUUAAAUACACCAUUAUUAGCGAAAACUGUUGAAAAAUUCUAUGAAAAUGUGUCACUACCCAAUAUACCACUGAUAUUCGGAUGGUUUCGAUACAAAAGUAGAGUAGAUCGUGUCGGUCGAUACGUCGUGACUGAAGAGGAAUAUGACGAAUUUUAUUAUCCACCUUAUACAUUUGGAAUAGGUUAUUUGUUAACGAAAGCUGGUCGAAAUGGACUAUGUGCAGCAGCUAAUACACCUCAUCCAGUGACUCGUGUUGGUGAUGCUUAUAUUACAGGUAUCUUAAGAGGUCAUGCUCAAGUGGGUUUCGCUUUUUUCGCUGAUCUUCACUUUAUCUAUUCUUAUUCGCUAAGUGGUGAUAAAUGUAAAGAUUAUUUUAUUCACGACGAAAAGUUGUUAAUUUGUAUGGCCAGUUUACAUUCGGGUAUACACAAUGCCUCUCAUGAAUAUGUUCAUACGUGGAAUAGCAUAUAUAGUGACCCAGAAUGA